ACGCCGCGAUCUGCUGCUCCUACAGUUAGCUCGAUAGUAGCCCCUGCCACCAUUGGAGGCGAAUCCCCGGCAGCAGCGUGUGUCUCCUAAUCACUCGCAGUGAAGCAUACAGUGGCAGGCACGCCUGGGCCUGCCCUCUCGUUAUGGCGUUGCUAGUCGUGCGAAUUAGCGUGAGCGCGCAGCGUCAGCUACCAGGUCGCCGCUGAAGCGGCUGACGGCAGCGUGCGAUCGGCGUUGGAGGCUGGCUCGGACAUGGUUGGGACCAUUGGGCGACUCGCACUUAGUAGACUCAAGACCAGAGGCCGACAUCGAACGAUUCUGCUCUCUCCUCACUCGUUCGGCUCGCCAUUGUCACAUUCGCUAUUAGUGCCACCGUCAUGCUCGCCUUUCGCCCUGAGCGUCACUUGCACGUCAUGGCCGUCGCCCUCAGCCGCCGCGUUCUCGCCGUCGCUCCUCCUCCGCGUCCUCCGCACACCCACCACUCAUCGCACACUCACGCCCCCUCAGAGUUCACACUCGUUCCCUCACCACUCCCACACUCACUCGCGCGCCUCUCCCACACCUCUCCCCGCGAGCAUCAGCGCCAAUUGCGACCCGCCUGGAUAUAGCCCCCACCACGUGCCACCUCCCCCUCCCCGCGCUCAGGUACCGCCUCCCCUUCACGGCACUCAGAUAACACCUUCCCUUCCCCACGACGCGCCGUCAACCAGCGGACGGCCGAGAUACGAUCCUGAGGAGAUCGCAAAGGAGUACAGAUGGCGACCCGUGACAGUAGCGAGGCGCACGGGCGUGACUAUAGCGGAGCUGGCGCGCAUGUGGUGGCGGAAACAGAUGGUGGCGGACGUGCGAGUGCGCGCUAGGAAGUUCAGGGAGUCUCUCGUUCGCCUCGGCCCCUUCUACGUCAAGUUGGGGCAGGCUCUCAGCACUCGGCCGGAUAUUUUACCGCCCGAGUACUGCGCUGAGCUGGCACUGCUACAGGAUCGGAUGGCGCCCUUCCCCUGCCACGUGGCACUUGCUACAGUGCAGCAGGAGCUGGGAGUGCCGCCCAGCCAGCUGUUUGCGGAGUUCAGCUCCGCCCCUGUAGCGGCUGCUUCCUUGGGUCAGGUGUACAAAGCGCGUCUCCUCUCAGGCGAGUGCGUGGCAGUGAAGGUACAGCGCCCAGCGGUGCGCCACCAGAUAGCGCUCGACUCCCUCGUCGUUCGCCGUGUGGCGGCACUGCUGCAGCCGCUGGUGCAUGGCAGAUCAGAUCUUGUCGCGAUUGCCGACCAGCUGGGUGAGGAGGGUGAUGAUGAGGGUGAGGAGGGUGAUGAUGGUGAUGAGGGCGACGAGGGGGAUGAGGGUGAUGAGGGGGAUGUGGGUGAUGAGGGUGAUGAGGGUAAUGAGGGUGAUGAUGAGGGUGAUGAGGGUGAUGAGGGUGAUGAUGAGGGUGAUGAGGGGGAUGAGGGUGAUGAGGGUGAUGAUGAGGGUGAGGAGGGUGAUGAUGGUGAUGAGGGCGACGAGGGGGAUGAGGGUGAUGAGGGGGAUGUGGGUGAUGAGGGUGAUGAGGGUAAUGAGGGUGAUGAUGAGGGUGAUGAGGGUGAUGAGGGGGAUGAGGGUGAUGAGGGUGAUGAGGGUGAUGAGGGUGAGGAGGGUGAUGAUGAGGGUGAGGAGGGUGAUGAUGGUGAUGAUGAGGGUAAUGAGGGUGAUGAUGAGGGUGAUGAGGGUGAUGGUGAGGGUGAUGAGGGGGAUGAGGGUGAUGAGGGUGAUGAGGGUGAUGAGGGUGAUGAGGGUAAUGAGGGUGAUGAGGGUGAGGAGGGUGAUGAUGAGGGUGAGGAGGGUGAUGAUGGUGAUGAGGGCGACGAGGGGGAUGAGGGUGAUGAGGGUGAUGAGGGUGAUGAGGGUAAUGAGGGUGAUGAUGAGGGUGAGGAGGGUGAUGAGGGUGAUGAGGGGGAUGAGGGUUAUGAGGGUGAUGAGGGUGAUGAUGAGGGUGAUGAGGGUGAUGAUGAGGGUGAUGAGGGUGAUGAGGGUGAUGAGGGGGAUGAGGGUUAUGAGGGUGAUGAGGGUGAUGAGGGUGAUGAGGGUGAUGAGGGUGAGGAGGGUGAUGAUGAGGUCAGUGCAGUGUGCCGCAUGUUCGAUGAGGUGGACUACCAGCAGGAGGGGCUGAAUGCAGAGCGCUUCCAUGCGCUCUAUGGCGACCACAGCGAUCCUCAAGGCAAUGAGCAAAGAAAGUCAUCCCGGGGCACACGCCGGGGCCUUGUGAAGGUUCCAAGAAUCUUCUGGAAGUACUCUAGUCGCCGGGUGCUGACUAUGGAGUGGAUCGACGGCAUCAAGCUCACAGACCGUGCAGGCCUGCUGCAAGCCGGCCUCAGCACCCAGUUCGUCGUUGACCUGGGCGUCCUUUCCUCCCUGCGGCAGCUCCUAGAGGAGGGUUUCUUUCAUGCCGACCCGCAUCCGGGCAAUCUGGUGGUGACACGUGGCGGCCAGCUGGCGUACUUUGACUUUGGCAUGAUGGGCGAGCUGCCACCUCAGCAGCGAAUCAGCAUCAUCCGUGCCGUGGUGCAUUACGUGAACCGCGACGCCCAGGGCCUGGCGGAGGACUUCCGCGCGCUGCACUUCGUCCCGCCCGACGCACACACAGCGCCCGUCGCUGCCGCGCUCAAGGACGCGUUUCAGGAGCCAGGGGCCAGGAGGGGAGAGGGAGGGGAAGCGGGGGGGGAAGAGAGUGGAGGCGGCACUGGCAGCACGAGCGGCAUGGACUUUCAGGGCGUCAUCCUCCGCCUCUCCUCAGUCAUGUACCGCUUCCGCUUUAGCCUACCGCCGCACCUCUCCCUCGUCGUCCGUGCACUUGGGAGCCUGGAAGGCACGGCAACAACACUCGACCCAAACUUCAAGGUGGUGGCAACGGCCUACCCCUUCAUCAUCGCUCGCCUCCUCUCAGACCCCUCACCCGAGAUGCGGGCCAUUCUGCGCCAGAUGCUGCUGUGGCCCGACGGCCGGAUAAGAUGGCAGCGCCUGCAGAGACUGGCGUCGGUCCUCUCCAAGCCAUCAUCGCCCCACUCCAAUGCUGCAGAGACAGGCACUAGAGCAGACGAGGAGGAGGAGAGAGCGUUGGGCAGGGAGCAGAGCGUGGGGCAGCAGAGGGACAAGCGGAGAGAGGGAGCGGAUGAGGCAACCUCUGAGGCAGCGGCUCAAAGGUCGCAGCAGAGGGACGAGGUACGGGAGGGCGUGGAUGUGACCAACCAAAAGCCACGGCAAAGGGACGAUCUGAGAGAGGGGGUGGAUGAGGCGGCGGUGGUGGCAGCAGCAGGGGACUUCGUGGCGUAUGUGAUGUCGAGAGAUGGGAGCAGCACCAGAGGGUGGCUCGUGAGAGAUGCUGUGAGCGCAGGGCAGCGAUGGGUGGAGGUGAGCCUUGGGUCGACUCAAGAGGUGCUUGAGCAGCGAUGGGCGGAAGAGGGGAUGGUGAGAAGGAGAAGGGAAGAGAGGGGAGGGGAGGGAGAGGUGAGGCGGGAGGAGAGGGGAGAAAGAGGAGGGGAGGGAAGAGCAAGCAGCAGCAGCAGCAGUGCGAUUGGGUCGGCAUUGGAUGGUGUGGCGGGAGUGGCAGGCACGACAGCACAACAGCAAGACACCAAACUCAGCAGCAAAACACACGACACCAGAUCCAGCAAUCGGAAAGAAGAGGCGCCCCCUCAGGCUCCCCCUGUUGACCCCCUGGGAGCGCUGGGAGCGCUGGUAGCAGCGGUGCAGCGCGCACCAGAGCUGUGGGUGCCGCUGCUGGUGGAAACAGCAGGGAGGGCGGAGGCGAGGGAGAUGGCAGGGAGUGUGGUGCGAGGGGUGGCUGGCGCUGCUGCUGACUCUGCUGUGGAGGGGGCUCUGUUAGCAGUGUCACACUGGCUUCACUCCAAGUAGAGGGCGGAGGCAGGGGGGGAGAGGGGUUUCUUUCCCUGUUGCUGACUCUGCUGCGGAGGGGGCUCUCCUAUCGCUCUCACACUGCCUGGACUCCUUCCAAUAAGGUUUCGAAUGGUGGAGUCGACUGAGAAGUGCGGCUGCUGCUGGUGCAGACCGCAGGGGGGAGGAGCAAGGGCGAUGGCAGGGAGGGAGGAGCACGGGCGGUGGCAGGGAGGGUGGUGAGAGGGGUGGCUGAGAGCACAUUGCUUGGGGUGAGGGGUGGUGAGAGCGGUGGCUUCACCCUCUAUUUACUUGGGGUGCGAGUCGGUGUCACGGUGGUUCAACUCACUAAAAUCGAGAGCACUUGACUUUCCAGCUGACUCAGAAGUGCCGCUGCUGGUGAAGACAGCAGGGAAGGCGGAGGCGAUGGAGAUGGCAGGGAGGUUGGUAGAGGGGUGGCUUCUCAGGUUGCUGACUCCGCAGAGUGCUAUGGUAGCAUUGUCACGAUGGGUCCGCUCCAGGCAGAGAAUGGUGCUGUGUGGAGGCAGCAGGAAAGGCAGAGGCAGGCAAGUAGGAGUUGGCAAGGAGGAGGGGAGGUGCCUGGCUAUGUACUGAGGGUAUGUUGUUAUCCUCACGUCCCAAUUGACUGGCACUGCCAGGUACAAAUGCUUGAUCUCGCGGUGCAAUGCGGUACAGCGUGGUGCGGCUCAAAUUGGGACACAAGGCCUUCAAGACGCGAGUAUAGGUUUGUACCUACCCUGAGUCUGCUUUGGAAGGGUCUCUAGAAACAGGGUCACUGUUAACUAGUUAGUAUUGGGCCAUGCUUGGGACAGAGUGUACGUAGUGGACUAAAGAGCGUAGUACCUGGUCCAAUGUUCAAACAUUUGCCUGGUCUUCAUAGUUGCACAAGUAUUGUGAAGAAAGAGGGAGCUGUUGGCAUUACAAUGCAUGUGUAAGGAAUUUUAUUCCUUACCGGGUUGUACUGCAAUCGCGUACACCCGAACUCUCGGAAGAUCAGGCUGAUAGAAUACUAGAAUGAUUAGAAAUGAGAGAGAACAAGGGAGAUAUAGAGUUUGGGUUGUACUCUCUAAGGACACAUUGUUAGAUGACUAG